AUGGAGAAUGUAGAUGUUGAUAAAGGAACUACCGACCAAGAGGCAAAAGGUUUUGGAAUUCGAAAAGGUCCAAACACUCACAACAGAAAUAACGAAAUGACAGGGUGCUUAUUUUUUUUUUCUUGUCAAGGACAAUCUAAUAAGCUUUCUCCUUUUCAAGAAAGGAAGCGACAAAGAUUAGAAUAUAGAUGUGGUUGUUUGGCUCGUAUAAAGUUCAAAAUUUCAAAUGGCAUAUGGGAAGUCUGUGAAUUUAGUGAUGAGCACAGUCAUCCCAUGAUUGAAGGCAAUUUAAGGCAUUUCAUACAGUUUGAUCGAAAGCUCACAAGUUCUACUAAAAAUAUUCUUGGUUCUAUGAUUGAUGCUGGAAUUCGCACAAAAAAGGCGGUUCGAUACCUUCAAAAUGAAGCAGGUGGGAUUGAAAAUGCAGGAUUUAUUGAGCAAGAUGCACAUAACUUUGUACAAGCACAUAAGAGAAACAUGAUAAAUAGUGGGGAUGCUCAAACUUUGAUAAAUCAUUUUAGGCAUUUGCAUUCAGAGGACUCAAACUUCUUUUAUUCUUUUCAAGUUGAUGAAGAUGGUAGAUUAUGCAACUUCUUUUGGAGAGAUAGUAUAUCCAGAUUGCACUAUGAGUGCUUUGGAGAUGUAAUGAUUUUUGACAUUACAUACCGCACAAAAAGAUGUAACAUGAUUUGUGCUCAAUUUGUUGGUGUUAAUAAUCAUUGGAAAAAUGUUUUUUUUGGAUGUGCCUUCUUGUGUAAUGAAACAACAGACUCUUUUGUUUGGUUGUUUCAAACAUUUUUGAAGGGAAUGGGAGGAAAAGCACCAAAAACAAUUUUUACAGAUCAAGCUCAUGCCAUGGCGGCUGUCAUUAGACAAGUUUUUCCCAACAGCUAUCAUCGAUUGUGUGAAUGGCAUAUUGAUAGAAAUGCUCAAAAGAAUAUACCUCAACUCUAUUGGAAACACGGAUUUUGA